UUCUCACAAAGAUAGACGUCUUCAGAUACUGUUUUCAUAAGUUGUUGAAACAUGUCUAAAAUUUUAUGAAGUUGUUUUUGAAACUGUCAGAAAUGACGCAUCGACUGACAUAAAGAGAGAAAACUGCGUGGAGUUCCAUUGGUAAACGACCGUCGUCAUGGAUUUACCUGCAAACGUUCAUUCAUAAUUCCGCAAAGUUACAUCAUUUGGCAGGAAGACGUUUUACAACGAAGACAAAUUUAAAAAUCAGACGGUAGUAAAAACGGUGAAGAAGUCAAUAGUGUUGAAUUACUUGAAGACCGGCGAAUUUUUUUUAAACAGUUUAACUUUGAUGUUUGGUGCAAAAAAAUAAGUACAAUAAAGAAAAGUUUGCUGUUCACAUGAAGAACAAUGGAGAACUUGGAUAAAUUUUUGCGUGACUACUAGAAGAGAUCUAGCUUUCACGGUUCCAGCAGUUAUGGGUAUCUUGGAAGAAGGGAAUUGUUCCAUGAAUAAUGGCGAUUAUGAAACGGCUAUUGAACAUUACAAUAAUUGUGUAAAAGUUGCAGGCGAGAGCAGCAUCAAAAUGAUGGCAUUAUUUGGUCUUGCUAAUGCUUACACACUCUCUGAUAAAGGGGAGGAAGCAAUAAACUGCUUUAAUGAUUGCUUGAAUCUUUCUUCUGAACUAGAAAUUAAAUAUUUUCAACAUCAAAUAUACCUCGGAUUGGGGAGUAUCCAUUGUACCACUAAAAGAUUGGAGGAUGGUAUUAAGAAAUAUGAAAUGGUCUGUCUCUGUCAUGUUGCAUUGGGAGGAUUGAAUAAGUUGCUUGAAAAUUAUGAGAAAUCUUUGGAGCAUUAUAAAAACGGAUUCCCUUUUAUUGAUUGUGAACACCAAGAAGAAGAAAUGCAACCUCGACAACGGAAAGAAAAUCAACAAGGAAAUCAACAAGAGCAAAAUAAACGGCGUGAACGACUGCGACGACCAAGAAAAGUUGGUGGUAUUAACGCAGUCGAAGAAGUAAAAACAUUGCAAAAGGAGGCAAGAAUGGUUGAACUGAUAAAUCAACAUAAUCUUGUUCGAGAACAUAUUCCAACACAUUGGCUUAAUUCCAAAGAGGUGUGGGAUGCUCUGUUAAAGAAAAUGCCAAUGACUGCAAUGAUACGUAACUUGAGCAAAAUGACUUCCAUUGGCUUGCUUGCUGAAGGAUCACCUCAAGUUAAAGAUGUUUGUGAUAAACUGCGUGAUGAAGAUCUGCUAAGAAAUGCACGUAUCCAUCCAUUUAAUAUGUUAUUUUCUUUGAAAAUGUAUGAGUCAGGGAAGGGUGAGAAAGGUUCUCUAGAAUGGAAAGCCAAUGUGGAAAUCACCAAAGCAUUGGAGAAAGCAUUUUAUUUAUCAUUUAAGAAUGUUGAACCAACAGGUAAAAGUUGCAUGCUAGCCAUGGAUGUAAGUGGCUCAAUGCAAUCCAGUGGAUGUAUUGGUGCAAGUACAAUAAAGCCUCAUGUGGCUUCUGCUGCAAUGGCUAUGAUGACAGCACGAACAGAAAAACAUCAUGAAUUUGUUGCAUUUAGUCAUGAAAUAGUUCCGAUGAAGAUCUCCAGUAACAUGAAUUUGGAUGAAGUUUUGAACAUUUGUAAUGAAAUUCCAGAAGGUAAAACAGAUUGUGCUCAACCCAUGCUUUAUGCCAUUGACAAAAAUUUGAAGAUCGAUGUCUUUAUUGUUUACACAAAUUCUGAAACACAUUACGGCGAUGUUCAUCCAAGGGAAGCUCUCAAACAAUAUCGUCACCACUCAGGGAUUCACGAUGCUAAACUCAUUGUGGUUGCUAUGACAUCAAGUGGUUUCACUAUUGCUGACCCAGAUGAUCCUGGAAUGCUUGAUAUAGCUGGCUUUGACUCUGCUGCACCACAAAUGAUGAGAGAGUUUAUCUUGUGGAAUCUUUAGAAGUUUUUAGUGAACUUUACUGUAUUUUCUCUAUAACGAAUGUCUUCAUUAAUAUAUGACAAAAAUUCAUAAUUUUUGAUGGCUCAAGUUGAAUGUUGCAUGUGGUCGUCAAAGUUGCUUCGUGCAUGUUUGCGGGCAUGAAUUUUGUAAAGGUCAAUCGCCCUGUUAUGACAUUUUCCCUAAAAAAAACUUUAGCAAAACACGGGAAAACUAAAAGCAGGAUAGCUAACAGUCUGGACUACAUCCCGUGUUUAUUCAUCUCUACAAUGAACUUCGGUAUUUGUACAAAGUCAAUUUGUCAAUUUAUCCACAUUUCUCAUGCCUUGCCUUACAAAAGACAAUUUUCGCAAUUAUUCGCGAGUUAUCACUUAUUUAAUGAUAAGCUUUUCGUCUUGAGAGA